CAAUGGAAUGACCUUGCUCACAAUCAAAUUCCCCCAGCACUCACAGCCAUACUCAGGAUGCUCCAGCUCACUCCCAAGUGGGAAACCUCAGAGCCCUCCCCUAAACCUCAGAGCCAGCCCCAUUGGCUGCCAGGGCCAUUAGCACCAGCAGAGCUGCCCAGGCAGAGCCAGCCUGAAGAGACGUCUGAGGCCACAUCUCUCAACAGUCUAUUCUUCCUGCUGCUGCACUCACUGCUGCACACUCUGGGCCUCACUGCUGGAACCAUGCAGUCCCCUUGCUGCUGCCUUCUCUCCCUCCUCCUCUACCUCCUCCUCCUCUCUGGGACAUGGGCAAACCUGGAGGGGGCUUUCACUCUUCGGCUGCUCCAGACCAGCAUCUUCCAAAACACCUCGUUUUCAGACAUGGAGGGACUGGGCAUGCUGGAAGACAUCAAACUUGGUUCUUUUGAUAAACAUACAUUGUCCAUCCGCUUCUGCCAGCCCUGGGUGCGCCCAGCCCGGCCCCAAACUGACUGGGACGUUCUUGAGAACUUUCUUAAGGCCUAUAUGCAGACGUUCAACCAUCUGGUCAACGAAAUCGUCAUGCAAAGAGGUGCCUUUUGUGAGUGCCCAGUCUUCAUUGCAUCCCUUUCUGAAAAGCAGCUGGGAAGUGGGGAAGGAUCUGAUAGAGCUGGCAAUGUAUAG